AUGAAGGCAGCUGCUGUGGGACUCUCAGGCCAGGAUUCCCAGGAUCAGCUGAAGCUGCCAUGCAUUGUUUGGACCAAUCUUGUCUUCCAGGUUCCCCAGCGUAAGAUCCCAUCCGAAGUGACAACUAGAAAAAACAGGAGGCAAGAGAGAAAUUUAAUAGCAGCGUCCAAACAAGGUUUCAGGAGUGAAGAUGGAAUCAGAGACAAAAAGAACAGGGAAGGAAAAUGGCCUCCCCUCUGGACAGGUUGCAGCCAAGAAAAUGCACCAGAAGAUGGACAAGUGUCUACACUACCAGGAUCUCCAGAUAUGAAUCCACCCCUUUUGCCAGCCCCAAAGAUCUUGGUCACCUCCGAAAAGCAGCCCCCCCGAAAGAUCUUAGUUGACCUUCGACCCCUCCUGGAGAAUGUCAUCGAUCCGGUGGACUCUUGGCCAAAGAAACCAUUGGAGAAGAAACAGCUGCUGCAGGAGGGGUGUCCUUCUUCCACCUCUGGUGAUUUCGGAGAUGAAGGUUGCUUGGAAGGAGGAGGUGAAGAUCAGGCUCCCGAAACGCCUGCUGGCUUCCCCAAGGAUCGUGGGAUUCCCAGAGUUCAUAUCUUCUUGCCUCCUAUUGGAGCCUCCAAGCUCUACAGGAAGAAGAUCAAGAUCGCCAAAAGAACCACUUGGGCGCCUCCAGGAGAAUCAACACAGCUUCGGAAAAUCACCUUCGCCCAGGUCUAG